AAUGUGAACGCCACAUAAACCUUCUAAACUAACUACUUGCAGGUUAAUUUAUCAUCUGAACUGCUUCUUUGUGUAUUGGGCAAGAUAUUCCCCCUAUAUCUCAAAAAUUACAAAUCCUUAUUGGGCCGUUUUCAGAGUCGGGAGGCUGGGUGCCACUGAGGGGGGCGGUGCACCUCUCCAGCAGAGCCCUCCCGCCCCUCACACACUGUGACCAGCAGCCAGACAGACAGACUCGCUCCCACUACAACCGAACGCUGCUCAUCUCAUGCCUCCGCUUGCUUUGGGAUAGCCGUUCAUCUGUCCGUCCGUCCGCCACAGCACCCGGGGAGGUGGAAGCCUGAAGCGUCCGGGCGAAGAUGCUGGAAAACGGGAGGAAGGUGUUCAAGGAGGGUCUGCUGGAGAAGCGGAGCGACGGGCUGCUGCAGCUCUGGAAGAAGAAGCACUGCGUCCUGACCGAGGACGGCGUGCUGCUGCUGCCGCCGAAGCAGCACGACCAGCCGCAGCACCACCAUCCGCACCACGGUGUCGGGGACGUGGGCAAAGUCAAGGAGCUGCACUUCGCCAACAUGAAGACGGUGGACUGCGUGGAGCGCAAGGGCAAGUACAUCUACUUCACAGUAGUCAUGGCGGAGGGCAAGGAGAUCGACUUCAGGUGCCCGCAGGACGAGGGCUGGAACGCGGAGAUCACUUUGCAGAUGGUCCAGUACAAGAACCGGCAGGCGAUCCUCGCCGUCAAGUCCACCCGGCAGAAGCAGCAGCUGCUCGUCGUGCAGAUGCCCGGUCAGAAGACUGUCCGCAGCUCGCCAAACGUGGCGUGACCUGCGGCGAAUCCCGCGGACAUUGGUGCACUAAUAACUGGCAGACAGAAAGCGAAAUUGAGGGGAGGGGGGCUCCCCAGGUCCGGAGAACACCUGGGGAUCCCCUUACAAAUGAAGGACCUGUGUUUUUUUGUUUUUCCCUCUGGAUAUAUGUGCUGAGAACGAGGACGUCUGUUUUCAUCAUAGGCUACAUUCUUCCCUCACAGAUCAAACCCUGAGCAAAUAAGCUGGCAGAGGAGAACGAAAUCGUACAAAAUGUGGAUUUACUUUGGCGUAAAGAAAAGUUUGUGUGCCUCUGCUGUAGGCCUGCCCCCAUGUCCCCCUCAUGGAGGUGAAAUGUGGUGGAUAUCCAUUCCCAGGCAGGUUUGAUCUUCAAUGCAACAAGGUCUUCCCCUUAUCCAUACCAUAUGGCUUUACGCGCGGAGAUAAAUCGAUUACGCACGUUGCAUAACUGUUGACACCAACACUGGAAAGAGGAAUAUAUCUUUAUACAAAGCAUUUCAAAUUUGAUUUACACGAGGGAAUCAAUAUUUGAGCAUGUUAAAGUCCGCGGUUUUAAAGUUGAGCUAUUGAAAACUCCAAAUGAUGCGUAAACCUGCGCGUCUGUACGCAUCAUUUGGCACAAAUCAAAAGCGGUCAGGUGAAUCCCGACGUUUUUAAGUUUAUGCACAUGCAUAUACUACCAAAUUUACACUCUAACACAGUCAUCAAUAUGUGCCACACCAGAAACAUGUGUAUGAAGCUUACAGUUCAUCUACACACUGCAUGAGCUGCUUUGUGCCCAUGCAAGUGGCUCCUUGUGGCACAUGGGGAUUUCUUGACACACUGAGGUUUCAUUCCGGCAAAACAUUAAUGGACCGAACACUCUGAAACAGUGUGGUCACAUGUUAUUAUUCUGUCAUUGUGAUAAAAUGGUGGAAACACUGGUGCUGCCAAGGCUUUAAUUUAAAGGGAGACACUGUAAGUGUAACUGAUUUUUACUUUGUUCAAAAGUUACUGUUCUCCACGUUCUCUCACAUGCAUAUUUAUCUUAUGUAAGAAAGAAAAGUAUCCUCAGCUAAAACCUUCACAUAAAGAAAGGGGGGGAAACAAUUUUUUUUCAUUUUGUCGGUAUGAGCUUGAUGCUGACCGUUGCAAUGAAAUGAGCAGCUUGAGGUCCUGUUAUAUUGAGUCCAUGUUUCCAGUGACUUUAGACUUGCCUCCUGCGUCGGGCCCCAUCAGUCUGCAGUCUGUCUAAUUGAUUGCAUCCGCAGGUUAAUUGGACACUUGGCUGGAGGAUGAAUAUUGAUGAGGUUAUCUCUCUGCCGCUUCGCCACACACCACCACUCUCCAGGAGAACCCCUCUUCCACGCGGUGGUGUCCACAUACAAGCGUCCCCUUUUCAAUACUGAGACUUAUUUCACAAAAGACUGAUGGACAGAAAGCACGUGAGAACACAACUGUACUCUACCGUCACGAUGGCUUUAUCCCUUAUUUAUUAGAUGUAUAUAUAUUUUCUAUUAAAGUUAUGUUUGUUGAUGAAUGUUCAGUGUGUUUGUUGCUGGAGUGGAACAAUAACUACUCGCUCAGCAGUUCCUAGUCCACAUGUCACACACAAAGUCCAUUGGGAAUAAGCUUACAUAUCGUUAUUUUAGGGUGGUUCCUGUAAGUUAGUCAGAUCAACUUAUUACUGGUAUAAUGUGUCAUGGAUCAUGUUUUUGUUUUUCAACUGAACCAAAGAGUCAUUUCAUUGUUUUUCGCUCUUGUGCAGCUCAGAAUAUACGAAAUAUUACAGAUAUGAGAUAACUGCAUGAUUGCUUGAUUUAUUAAUAACCACAGUACAUGUUAGUAUUUUCAUUGUGUACAUCCAUCAUUUUCCAGCAUUCAUAGAUAACUAAGCUAUAUCUUGAUUUCUUGUGAGUCUUAAAUCUUAGUAAGAUAGCCUACCAGAUAAUUACCCUCCAUUUGUUUUCAGUUGUUACAGAGAGGAGCUUAGUUUUUAUAGGGAGUAAGUAACAUGCACAGUUGGGUUUUUGUUGUAUUGAGUGCUCUAAAGUUAAUUUCAUUGGUUGCAUUAAAUCUUAGUGGGUGGGGACCAAUAACCACUGUUUUCUGGCUUUAUACUGUGGUUUGAAACCAAAAGAUGGAGGAAACCAAUAGGCCCAGCCUAGUACUUGUGAUUGAUAACCAACAACAAAGAGGAAAACUACCAUGGCAUUUUUUAAUGUGGAAAUUCAGAGAUAUUUCUUCUGUUUUUAAACUUUUUAGUCAAAACAGGAGAAGCUAAGGUAGCUUGUUAGCUGUGUUGCUCCAUCGAAAGAGAAGUCUGAGUAUAACUGCUUCACAAAAGAGACAGUUAAAAGACAGGAGUCAAUGAUACAAAUAGGUUUCUUGAAUAAUCUGCGUCAAUGGCUUGCUUAUUGUGAGUUAGCUACGGUUCAAACAAGCUUGCUUACUGUAAGUUAGCUUCUGUGCUAGCCAUAGACCGUAUGGUGCCAACUAGCUUGCGUUCUGUUAGUUAACAGAACUAACUAGCCUAACUCCCACUGCGCUUCUUGGCCCUCCCCCACCCACUAACAUCCAAUCAGAAUAUUUCUGUCUCUUGCAGCUCUUCCUCUGACAGUUCAUCAAACUAUAUCUCUAAUCUGCAACUAUCAUACUGGAAGUUAUGAAAUGCUUUUUUUUUUUCAGGAGAAAAUGAACAAGAUUAAUAAUGUGACUGUUGUCAAAGUGAUGGUGGUGAUAUACAGGGCAACGUUGAGUGGAAUGGGACGGGCAACGGCUUCCACUGUUGUUUUUUUAAAUGACUGUGGGAUGUCGUUCUGUCAGGAAACAUUAUCUCACUGUGGCUCAUGUCGUUUCCUGUUUGCUGGAAAGUGUUUCCCACUGCUUCCCCACUCUUGACAGUGUACCACAGCCAAACCAAUACAUGCCUUGGUGUUGUCAUCUCCCACACAGGGUAAUAGCUGUGCCCUUUAUCUAAUGUGAUUGGUGUGAUGCUUCUCCGACAUGCCUUCCUGUUGCCAUCAUUACACACACAGUUAUAGCUGUGCAAUUUCCUAUUUCAACAUGAGAUCUAUUUUCAUACCUCGAAAAUACACAUUCCAUUAAAAGAAAACAAAAU